UAUUUGACAUUAGCCCGUCAACUGUUCACUCAAUUUUUUCGCUGUGAAUGCAAAGUCAUGGCUCUCUUUGAACUUUGUGGUAUUAAUUCUCGUGCUAACUUUAAAACUACUGAAGAUGAUAAUUUAAACGGUGAAAUGGAUUCCCUAAAUAUCAUUGGGAAUCCUACUCAACUAGCCUUGCCGCCAUUGGGUUGCCCAAAUAACAAAAGCCUUGUUGACGAGCAUGGCAGAGAAAUGAAAAUAAACUAUGACCAUGGCACCACUACACUAGGUUUUAAAUAUCAAGGAGGAAUUAUUCUUGCCGUAGAUUCCCGGGCAACUGGAGGACAGUAUAUUGGAUCUGGUUCAGUAAAAAAAAUUAUUGAAAUCAAUGACUUCUUGCUGGGAACAAUGGCUGGUGGUGCUGCUGACUGUACCUAUUGGGAGCGUGUUCUUUCUAAGCAGUGCCGACUAUAUGAGCUUCGGAACAAGGAACGUAUAUCUGUUGCUGCUGCAUCAAAACUGCUUGUUAACAUGGUAUACAACUACAAAGGCAUGGGGCUUAGUAUGGGAGUUAUGAUUGCAGGUUGGGACAAAAAGGGCCCUGGUUUGUAUUAUGUUGACAAUGAUGGGACUAGAACGCCUGGACAGGUCUUUUCUGUAGGAUCCGGAUCAUUAUAUGCAUAUGGUGUGCUUGACUCUGGCUACAGGCAUGAUCUUGAAGAUGAAGAAGCGUAUGAACUCGGACGUAGGGCUAUCUAUCAUGCAACAUAUCGUGAUGCAAGCAGCGGUGGCAUUAUUCGAGUCUAUCAUAUUAAAAGUACUGGAUGGGUCAAGAUUUCUGAACAAGAUUGCACAGAGCUUCAUUACCAGUAUCAAGAAGCCGAGCACGGCCCUAAAUAAUUUUGUUGUAAUUUCAUUCAAUCCAAACAUCUUCAUUCGUUAUGCUUCUUUGAGCCAUGCUUCUCAAUAAAUGUUUUACCCGUUAAAGGAUAAUAGUAAAACUGAAGGAGUGUGUAAGGUGGAGUCGAAAUGUGGAAAACACGUCCUUUUUAGGGAAAGGGUUAUUGAAACCUCAAGGUUCCCUUUCCUCUUUCUCUUCCUGGGACUUCAAAAAAGAAAAGAAAUUCACUGUCAUUGGUGUGGACAGUUAACGAGGCGCAUUUUUAAUUUACCAAUUAUAGCACACCAAUCCCUUUACAAGUUUAAACAUGCCACCUUUAAGCUACUAUGCAAAAUAGAAAGUAGUAAUCAACGGUUUAGCAUUGACGCGGUAAGCUGAAGAAUUGGGGAUCGAUCCUUACUAUAGUCGUGUAUUAAUAAUAAUAUGUGAAUUGUUUCAGUUGAUAAUGUAAAACUCAAAAUAGAGAAAUUGAAAAAAAAAAUUGAAAGUGUUAAAAAAGAAAAGGUGCAGUGUGCAAUGAUUAAAAAAUACCAGAAUAUGAACAUCAAGACAAUAAAAAAGAGAUAUUUUACAAACAA